ACGAAAGUUUUGAAAAUGUUUCCCAGAAUGUGGGGAGAGUUUGAAGAAUCAGAUGAAAAGAAAAAUGACUUUGGUAAAAAUGACCAUAUUGAACCUCAACAGAGUACACAAGCUUGCCACUCUCAAGACUUAGUUGAUGAUGAAGCACCUGUCCGUCCUUUGAAAGAUCGCAUAAUUCAUCACAUUGCAUCUAGUUCUUUGGUAUUGAAAAGUCAGCAGCGGUAUGAGCCUGAUCUAACCAUUCAGGAAAGGGAGAGAGUAGUAGAAGAGCUCUUAGACAAGCCAGGAAAUUUUCUGUACAGGUUUGGGAAGCAUCUUGAACGUGAACAUUUCCAGUACUUCUUAAAGUUUGAAGGUGACCCUGAGGUUGACCACUAUGUUGCAGAAUCACUAAAACAUAUAAACAAGCAUACAGCAAAAGUAACUGUAAAAAAUAGACGGUAUGCUGCAAUGCAAGAACUGAGACGUUCUGGAACUUACUUUAGUGAAAAGGAAAUGGAAAGACGGGAUCCAUUAUUGUAUGAUCGGUUAAUUGCUCGUCACCAUACAGAAGAGGAAAAAAGGAAGUAUGAGGAAGCUGGAAGGAACGAAGCAAGUGACACAAGUUUUUCCUCACUUCUUUUAGAACAUAUUGAUAAUUGUUCUGAAAGAAAUCUUAAGAAGCAACAAGAAGAGGAAGAAGAUGACAUGCUUGAAGAAGAUGACACAGAUGAAGAAGAAGAAGAGGAAGAUGAGGAGAGAAUGGAAGAAGCCAUAGAGUCAGGCGAGAAACAGCUUUUUCGGGAAGAGUUUUACUCUUCAUUGUAUCACAGGUUUUUAAGGGGGAAUGACACAGAAUUUGAUUAUGGGAAAGUUGAUGCAAAUGACGAAUAUGAUCUGCUGGAUAUUCGCGCCAGGGAUGAGGAAGAACGGUACUUUGAUGAAGACGAUGACUUUGAUGAAGAACAGUCCUCCAGUACAAAAAGUGAAAUAGAAAUUGAUUCUGCCAUGUGUUGUGGGUAACAGUGUAUGAUAAAUUACUACAGAGUUCUGUACUGUACAAAGAUUCUAAGUUUAUAGUUCCAAUGUUUAAAAGAACAUUACUUUUUGUGAUUGUGAUUGGAAGUUCUCUAUGAUAAAAUUGUGUAGAGGGGUUAUUGUAAUACAGACCCUCAUUUGCUUGGGCUUUUGGUAAUCAGUUAAAAUUGAUGUCAUGGGUCUGCAAGAUAAGUUAGUAAAUAGUGGUUAAUUUUUGGAGUGGUUACUUCUGAUUUCUCUAAAGCUGGCCAUACUCGUACGCGACUGGCACGAACUCCUGUUGAGACUGGCCUGUCCUGUUGAGACUGGUCUGUCUUGUUGUCCUUUCACCAUAUUGAACUGACUGGCACAUCUUGCUGUGUAUUUGGGGAAGGACUGGGUGCAAAAAUUGCAAUAUGGGUGAGUACUCAUACUCAAUCGCGCUAUUUCUUCAUGGUAGUUGGGGUAGUAAGGAAAAGACUACUGCUGUAAAAGGAUGUCGCAGUCAGUCAAAUAUUUACCUCGCAAUUUCAUUAGCGAGUUUUUUGACCUGUACAGAACACUUCCAUGCUUGUGAAAAUACGAAGUCCAGAUUACUCCAAUGAAGUAAAAAGACAAGCAGCCUAUGAACAAUUACUGGAAUUAUGUAAAAAAAAAAAUAGAUAAAGAUGCACACAGAUUUUGUGAAAACCAAAAUUGCCACAUUUAGGGGAUCAUUUCGGAAAGAGUUGAAUAAAAUUUGGGAAUAGAAGAAAUCGGGUGAAGGAGAAGACGAAGUAUGUGUGCCCAAGUUGUGGUAUUUUGAUUUAUUGCUCUUUUCAGCAUACCAAGAAAUUCCUCUGGAAUCAACCUCAAACUUGCAAGAUCAACAAAAGGAGGUUUCUUGCAAAUUUCAUGCUCAUAUUUAUCUUGCAGGAGUGCUAUUAUCAUAUUUGCACUUAUCUUUCUUUUACUUGGUGCCAUGAUUUAAAAACACUUGCUAUAUCAGGACAAUACAGGACUGAAAGGAGCAUGGCCACUGCAUAUUUACUCUGCCCUCUCAAAAUAUGUGUAGAGCAAGUCAUCUGUGUGUAUGGGCAAUACCCAACCGGACUAGAGCUUGUGCUAAUCCCAACGGGACAAACCCGAUGCCAAUCAUGUACGCGUAUGGCCAGAUUAAGUGUUUUCCUUAUGAGCGGCUACGUUAAAAGAAAAAAAAUUAUUUAUGAGAAUAUUUACAGACGAUUUUAAAAGGACAUAGACUCUUAGGUGUUAAGUUGCAAAAACUAGAAGUCAGUCCAUCUAGCUAUUAGUUUCUUAGGUUCUUUGACGUUUAUUUUGAACCAUACUAAGUAGGUCUCACAGUCUUGGAUAAUUUGUAGACUUUCACUUUCACUCCUGUCAGCCUUAGAUGUCAUAGUUCCUCUAUAGUUCCUCAUGUAAUAAAGUCUAUAAUGAACAUGGAAUGCACCCAAGGUAAUCUGAGUAUUGAAUGAAAAUUAUGGCGACCCAUGGCUUUUAAUACUGGUACUAGUUUUAUUUUGAGUGCAUGUACAUACUGCCAUUAACUGCAAAGUCCACUGUAAUAAACUUAUUUUGUUAUGGUUUUAUAAUUUUUCCAUACUGCUCACUUAUGUGAGUGACUCAUAAUGUAUUAACUACUUUCCUGGUUAGCAGAAUGAACAGCUUUGCUUAGUAUUUUGCUCAUAGCAUUGUGUAUAGUGGAUGGGUGCUGAUUCUCUUCUUCCAUGAACUAUUUUUCAGGUAGGUGUAACCUUGUUUUCAAAGAUUAGAAACUACAAAUCGUUCAUCUGCCAGUACCAGUUGUAUGAUGAGUCCCUAAAUUACUUAUUGGUAAUAGUUAAUUCUUCGCUGUCACUCCAAAUUUCAGUGCUUUUUGGUUGGCUCUACAUGAAAGAUGCUCUCACUUAAUAAUGGAAUUCAUUGCUCUGUUGCCAGGGUCUCUCAGAGAGAAGGUAAUUGUGUGAAGCUCUUGCAUAUUAAGUUAUGCAUACUUUUGUCACAUCCAGUCAUCAAGAUAAUGUCUGUAUCUGGAUUUGUAUGUUUAAUUGGUUAAAUGCAGCUUCUGUAUCACAUUUUUAUAUAUGUGCUUCCAUCUAUCAUCCCCUGUAUGUUUCUUCAUAGUAUGGAGGAUAUAUCACUAUAGAGUUUACUGAAUUAUGUUUAAUUAUUGUGUAAGAUUCACUAAUAGAUCAUAGUUAUUUU